UUGAAAAAAAAUCGUCGACAUUUACUGGCCACUUUUUCGAAACGCCAUAGCUUGAUGGAAAACAGUGAAAUUAUAUUUUGUAUAUCUUUAAAUAUAAUUGUAAGGUAUACAUUUAUUAACUAAAACCUAAAACAAACAUGCCCUCCUAUAUCUGUUUUAUCUAAGGAUGUUAUGGAAUAGACAACAAAAGUAAAAUAUCAUUUCGGUUCGAAAAAAUAAUCCUUAUUUUGUAUAAUUUAAUACAUAUUGGUAUACGUAAUGUCGAUGACAGAAGAUAAAUAAUAAAAACAAAAUAAUAUUUGACUAUUUAUCGUAAUAUGAUUCCUUGUAAUAAAGAAACUGUCGGCCUCGUAUGUACACUUUGUAUGCAAAGUGUCUGCAAUGGUGCAUCGGUUUGAUAAUGGUAAAAAUAAUGUUUACCUGAAUGAUAUAAUUGUGCACACAUGUAUAUCUAUAAUACAGUGAAUAGAAUGGGAAAGCAAAACGGAUCUUGUUGGUGGUUUGUGAAAGCCGCAAAAUGGAUACCAGUUAUUUUUAUUUUGACGAUUGUCUUAUGGUCGUAUUAUGCUUAUGUGGUGCAGUUAUGUUUUUAUACUGUAGAUAAUUAUGUUCAAAAAGCUUUUUAUUUGUUUUUUUACCACAUCCUGUUUCUAUUAUUUUUAUGGUCUUAUUGGCAAACUGUAUUUACAGACCUAAUAGAAAUACCAUACAAGUUUAAAAUACCAGAUGCAGAAAUGGAAAAAUUUCAUCAAGCUGGAACGGAAGAAGCACAGAGGCAAAUCUUAGAGAGAUUUGCACAAGGUCUUCCAGUUACAAAUCGCACUAUGAAAGGAGUCAUACGUUUCUGUGAGAAAUGUCAAUUAAUUAAGCCAGAUCGAGCACACCAUUGUAGUGUAUGUAGUACAUGUGUGUUAAAAAUGGAUCAUCACUGUCCAUGGGUGAACAAUUGUGUAGGUUUCCACAAUUAUAAAUUUUUCAUGUUGUUCCUGGCAUAUGCCCUUCUUUAUUGCAUAUUCAUUACUGCUACAUCUUUACAAUAUCUUAUACGUUUUUGGAAAGGGGAAUUGGAUGGAAUGGGUAGAUUCCAUCUAUUGUUCUUAUUCUUUGUCGCAUUGAUGUUUGCAGUUAGUUUAACUUCCCUUUUCUUUUAUCAUUGCUACCUUGUUUUACAUAAUAGAUCUACAUUAGAGGCAUUUACACCACCUAUGUUCCGCACAGGGAAGGAUAAGGAUGGUUUUAGUCUUGGAAAAUACAAUAACUUCCAAGAAGUUUUUGGUGAUAAUCGUAAACUAUGGUUCCUUCCUAUUUUUACUAGUCUCGGAAAUGGUGUCGCCUAUCCAGUACGUGCGCAACAUCAAGGCACAUCCAAUACUUAUGACUCCAUGGGCAGUACCCGAAACAGUUUUGGCGAUGGGGUAAACUUUCCUGAACGGCUGUGCAAUGAAGACACACAUACUCUGUUGGGGCAUACUACCCAACAGUGGGGUGAUGAGACUGAACUUGACUCUCCACCUCCCUAUGGGUCACAAUCAGCUCUGCUAUGAUAACUCGUGCAACAGAUGCCAAUCAACCAUUGGUGGACGCAGCUGAAGUUGUUUGAAGCAGCAUUUAAAAUUUAUUAUUCAUCUCUUUAUUAUUGACAAAUAUUUCUUGUUAACACAACCUAAUUUUAAAGUCUUUAUAUAAAUCCUUUGCACUUGC